AUGUGGGUAGAGAAGCAAAACCUAAAUUCCAAGAGGAAACAGUGUGUGAGAGAGAGAAGAGAAAAGUGGGUAAUGUGUGUUGUGGCUUUGGGCAGUGAGUCUGAGCAAGAAAGAGAGAGAGACAAGGGAACAAAAGGUUAUUCCAAAACGCAGCACGACAAAGCGUACUCCUUUGUCGUUUUGAUGAUAUUGAUAAUUUAA